AUGACUAACAGGAUCUGCAAUCUUAUGAUCCAAAGUGAUUACAAAACAGAGGACGUGCAAAAUCCCGAAAAAAAUAUCCCGAAAAUUGAUAAUUACGGCAAUAUGACGAAAAAUUUCACUUUUCGUCUCGAAAAAUCUCAUAAGAAACACGGUUUUAAAAUGAUCAAAAAUCAAUUAUUGAUCGUGCUUUUGAUAUGCUACAUUGUUUUUCACACUUACGUCGAUGCCUGGAAUAAUCUCGAUAGGCAUAAAAUCGUGAAUAGACAACGAUUGUGGCAAACAAACGGUAAUGGAUCUGCUUUAUCCAUUGCAGAAAAACGUAAAUGGGAAUCAUCAAAAUUUCCGAAUAAUCGUAUUCAGACUCCUAGGAAGAAAAGACUGUUCUCGCUGUUCACGUUGGUAAAAUUUGAGAACGGCAUCUGCGACGGAUUGAACGGAGAGAACGGCACGUGUGUUGCGGCAGCGGAAUGCGUACAGCGCGGAGGUACCCCCAGCGGCGUUUGCGCUAAUGGUUACGGAGUCUGUUGUAUAGUCACGGUAUCUUGCGGCGGGAUGACCUCCGAUAACAACACACACUUUGUUAACCCAAAUUAUCCGUCUACUUACGACGGAAUACAAUCGUGUCAAUUAACGAUAGUAAAAUCUGAUCCAGAUGUAUGCCAAUAUCGAUUAGACUUUGUACAAUUCAAUAUCAGGGGCCCGGAAACGACGAAUAAUGUAUGUGUUUACGACCAAUUUAUCGUUUCCGGUGGUAAUCCGGUACCGAUAAUCUGCGGUAACAAUGAUGGAAAUCAUAUGUACAUAGACACAGGAGUCGGGCAAACCAAUCCGGUUACUUUAACUUUCGUUACGAGUAGUAACUCUUUUUCACGCUCAUGGAAGGUUCGAAUCUCGCAAAUACGAUGCAGUACGAUAUACCGAGCCGAAGAGGGUUGCCUUCAGUAUUUCACCGGAGUUUCCGGCCAGAUAAAAUCUUUCAAUUACGAUCCCAUGAUUGGGCUACAAUUGUCAAAUCAAGAUUACAGUAUAUGUAUCAGAAUGGAGAGGAACUUUUGCGGAAUCCAAUACAUGGCAUGUUCUGACGACGCUCAAGGAAUAAUGACAACCACAAUUGCAACGAAUCAAAUACGUAGUAACUCAUUUACUCUGACGGGAAAUACACAAACUGCGCAAACUGGAUCGAUGACAGGAACGACCUGUAUGACUGACUGGUUGUCAAUACCGUGCGCCACAAAUCUUAAUCGAUUACCAUCAACGCCAAUGACAUGCGUCGAUCGAUUGUGCGGUGGUGCCUUCAACUCAGAAGCCUCGAGCUUGAACAGCUCGACUAUUAUUAGUACCAUAAAACCAUUCAGAUUAAUUUUUCACACGGACAGCAUCGAAGGACCCAAUGAUGUUGGAAAUAGAGGCUUCUGUCUUAAUUAUGUGCAACAACCAUGCACGACUAAACUAAGAUAA